AUGGAGGCUACUACCUUUUAUAGCAACCUAUCUAUUUUGGUAAACAACAUCCUUACUAAGGAUUUUGAGGUUGGAAGGGGUUUAAGGCAUGGAGACCUGUUAUCUGCUUUUCUUUUUGUGAUUAUUGUUGAAGGCCUUGCUGGUUUGGUUAGAAAAGCGUUGGAAAUAGGAGAAUUCAAUGGCUUCAAUAUUCAUGAUAGUUGCAACGUUGAAAUUCUUCAAUUUGCCGACGAUACUUUACUAAUAGGUGAAAGGAGUUGGAAAAAUGUUUGGUCCAUCAAGGAAAUUUUGAGAGGAUUCAAGUUGGCUUCCAGUUUGGGCGUUAAUUUUCACAAGAGCAGAAUCAUAAGUCUGAAUGUUAGGUCUCACUUUUUGUACGUUGCAGCUAAUUUCUUAUCAUGCAGGUUGGAAUCUAAAGAAUUUACCUUUUUCGAGAUUCCUAUAGGCAUUAAUCCUAGAAGAAUAAAAUCGUGGAAGUUUAUGUUGGAAAAAAUCAGUUCGAGAUUGUCUAAUUGUAAAAGAAGAGUGUUAUCUCUUGGAGGCAGGAUUACUCUUAUCAAAUAUGUGCUUAGAAGCCUAUCGAUCUUCUUACUCUCGUUCUAUAAACUCCGACAAAGAUAUGGAGAGAAAUUGAGAAAAUUCAAUACAAGUUUUUGUGGGGUGAGAAGGAGGUUAGUAGGAAAAUUUAUUGGAUUAGUUGGGACCAAAUUUGCAAACCUCUUCCGAUGGGCAGUCUUGGAGUGA